GGAAUUGGUGUAGGAGAGGCAGCUUUGAAAUGAAACAUCUUGUUGGACUCGGAAUGGCACUGAGGACAUCCAGAUCUCUCCUAACUAGAGGUCUGGUACGGGCAUGUUACUCCACCAGUGCCAGUCUUCCAGAGAUGCCACCAUGUGACUUUAAACCUACAGAAUACAAGGGUUUACCCUUCAAGAAAGCUAUGAAUAUACGAAAAGACAAUCUGACUCCAGCCUUGGUAACAUACUACAAAAACCCUGUCAUGAUCCAACAAGGUCAUAUGCAGUGGUUGUGGGAUUGUGACGGCAAGCGAUAUCUUGACCUCUUUGGUGGAAUCGUCACAGUCAGUGUUGGACAUUGUCAUCCGAAGGUUACUAAGGCUUUAGAAGAGCAAUCCAAACUCCUCUGGCAUACAACAUGCAUUUAUCUCCAACCAAAAAUACACGAAUAUGCCGAGAAACUUGUUGCCACAUUGCCUGGAAAUCUUAAGGUUGCCUAUCUCGUCAACAGUGGGUCAGAAGCCAACGACCUUGCCAUGCUCAUGGCUCGACUCUACACUGGCAACUUUGAACUCACAUCUCUCAGAAAUGCUUAUCAUGGUGCUAGCACAUCACUUAUGGGACUCACAGCACAUGGGCCAUGGCUGUAUAACUCUCCGACAGGCUUCGGCAUUCACAAUGUAGUUAAUCCUGAUGUGUAUAGAGGUCCCUGGGGAGGUGCUCAGUGCCGUGAUUCACCUGUACAGACUACACGGCAAUGUAGCUGUCCCCCAGAUCACUGCGAGGCCUGCGACCACUACAUUGAACAGUUAGAAGAUACCCUGAGACACUCCUGCCCUAAAGGCAAGGUGGCCGGUUUCUUUGCAGAGGCAAUUCAAGGUGUUGGAGGUGCUGUACAGUUCCCCAAGGGAUACUUGAAGAGGGCAUUUGAUAUUGUGAGGGAACAUGGAGGUCUGUGUAUAUCUGAUGAGGUCCAGACUGGAUUUGGUCGAACAGGCGAUCAUUUUUGGGGCUUCGAAUCCCAUGGUGUUAUGCCUGAUAUAGUCACGAUGGCCAAAGGCAUUGGUAAUGGUUUCCCGCUAGCAGCUGUUGUGACCACGCCAGAGAUCGCACAGACAUUGGCCACUGCUCUCCAUUUCAAUACUUACGGCGGGAACCCUCUGUCGUGUGCUGUCGGCUCGGCUGUCUUAGAUGUGAUUGAAGAGGAAAAGACCCAGGAGAACAGCAAGGUGCUAGGGACCUACCUACUGACAGAGCUCGCCAAGCUCAGGGAUGAGUUUGAUGUGGUGGGAGAUGUCAGAGGGAAAGGUCUUAUGAUUGGACUCGAGCUCGUCAGUGAUAAGGAAAAGAGGACUCCUCUUCCUGCUGAGGAUGUCCGCAUCAUAUGGGAAGGUAUGAAGGAUAUGGGCGUCCUCAUUGGAAAAGGUGGUCUUUAUGGCAGUGUCCUGCGAAUCAAGCCACCCAUGUGCAUCACCAAGGCAGACGCAGACUUCUCCAUCGCAGUCAUGAGGAAGGCACUCUUGAACCACAAGAAUGGAACACACUGAGCAGGGUGGAGGUGUUCUGUGUCACAGAUGUAACCAUGUGUAGGCAGUGACUUUCCAGUCAUUUUCUUAUAGCAUUUCUGUACAACCAUAUAGUGUAUUGAGAUUUUAAUUCUUAUAUUAUUUUGUAUUCAUGACAUUAGAGGUUUGAGGUCACACACACAUUGGUGAAUCUCGAUGAGUGUGGAAGAAGUGGUUCCAUUUUGGUUGGUAUCAAUACAGUGUUGACGUAAUUUAUCUGGUUGAAGCGCACCUGUACAAAAGGCCUUUUUGAUCUGAUAGGCCUAUGUGUGUCAGAGGGGGCUAAACCAGCUUAAUAGCGUCAACAUAGUACUUAUGAUAAUGCUAAGUGUUAUAAAAUGGCAGCAGUAUUUUAGUGUUUUAUAUAUUGAUUUCCGCUGAAAUUUCUUAUUGAAGGUGUUUUUCUUCUCUAAUAUGUGAUUAGACUGAAUCAGGUUAAAUUGAUUACUGCAUCAGAGCUUUUUGUAUGUAUUGUUGUUGUAUUAUGAUUCCAUCAUGCAAAAUGCAUUUAGUAAAUCUGUAUUUUACUGCUUUACUUUACAUCUGAUGUAUAUUGCUACAUGUAGGUCUUAGUUGCUCAAAACAAGUAGUUUAGUCCAUAAGUUAAAGUUAUCGCCAAGUUGGUGACUAGUUCUGUUAGGUUCUCUGUUAAAGUUGAAUGCUUGGUAGAUUUGUUCUUGUCAUUACCAGAACAGGGGCCACUCCCGGGACCACUUGCUCUAUUGGCAUUUGAGACAGACCCUGGCUUUAAUGGUCAGUGAUAAACCUUGUAGCAGGCGAGAGUUCGCUUGUCCAAUUGGAGAUGGCAGUGAUGUUGGUGUUUAGCGCUGCUCCUAAUGCUACUGUGAUGUAUGAGAUUAACUGAAGGAGAGAAUGCUUAGCUGUCUCAAAGCUGAAUUGAGUUACUGGGUCCAAAUGUAUCAAAAUACUGCCUUGAUACUAUUAGUAUUUUGAUCAGGUUGCAAUCCUAUUCAUGAACUUUUGUAACUAGAUAUAUAUAUAUAUACAAAUUAUGAUAUACUUUUAAAGUCACAAUGUCUACCAGACUUGAUGAAUCAAAAUAUAAAUUCAUAUAUUAUAAUUAUGAUCUUUUUCCAUUUCUGUUAAACCCCUGCCUUCUCUUGGAGUUGAGCGGUUGGUCAGCAAGACUGAGGACACUUCAUUCCGGCUGCCUAUCCAUAGACUGUUCCCUUG